GGGAGUGUACCGUUGCUCGGCGACCGGUGGAUGCUUCGGGCAGGUAGUCCCUGGGUGCCGGGAGGAGCCGAGACGGGGAGAGGCCGCCUCCCCUGGGAGCACCGCCCACCCCCAGCAUAGUCUAUAACCAAGCAGCCCGCCCUCCCCACUCCACAUUCCUCCUGCCCCAUCCGCCGCUAGCAGCAGGUGCCAUGUCUCUAGCCCAGCAGUCCCAGACCUGGUUCCCCACCCAUGUCCAAGUCACUGUGUUCCAAGCCAAAGGCCUGAGGUCCAAGGGCAAAGCUGGCACUAACGAUGCCUACGCCUUCAUCCAGCUGGGCAAGGAGAAGUACUCCACCACCGUAGCCGAGAAGAGUUUGGCCCCGCUGUGGAAGGAAGAAGCCACCUUCGAGGUGCCCCUGCUGCACAAUGACAACCAGGAUCGCUGCACCGUGCGGGUCAUCGUCAUGCACCGGGCCCUGGUGGGCAUGGACAAGUUCCUGGGACAGCUGGACCUCAACCUGUGGGAGUUGCACCAGAACAAGGGCAGGAAGAACUUGCAGUGGUAUCCUUUGAAAUCAAAGCCUGGGAAGAAGCAAAAGGAACGUGGCCAGAUCGAGGUGGAGGUGAAGUUCAUGAGGAACAACAUGACUGCCAGCAUGUUUGAUCUGUCCAUGAAAGAGAAGUCCCGCUCACCAUUCGGAAAGCUAAAGGACAAGAUUAAGGGAAAGCGCCAGGAUGGAUUUCCUGACACCGCCUCCGCCAUUGUCCCCAGCACGAAUCAAUAUGGCGAUGACAGCGAUGACGAAAUUUCCUCCGAGGGAGGAAAGAAGAAGUCUAAGCUGAAAAACCUAUUUUCUAAACCAGGAUUGAAGAAGAACUCCUCCAUCUCUCAGUCCAUGUCUGUCUUGCCCACACUUCCCCCAUCCCCCUCUCAAAGGACUGUGCUAAAGCCCGGUGACUUCUCAUCUGACUUCAGCCAAGCUCAAGGAUCCCCAGUGUCAGAGAGACGAUUUCCUCACAUUCCUGUCAUUAUGACGCACAAAAGAACAGCCAGUGCAGACACCAAGCAGUGGAACCAGACCAUGCCAGGAAACAAAAAAGAUGGGCUGUCUUUUUUCACUGGACUGAAGUCCAAAAAUGAUCCAACCACUCGAUCCAAUUUAUGUAUCAAUGGAAACCAUGUAUACAUGGAAGAAUCUGAGUCGAAAAGUGACAGUUCCAAGGACAGCUCUCUGACCAACUCCCCACAGAUCUCUCGGAAAACUCCUCUUUAUGCAUCUGCUGAAAACUUGUCCUACAAAGCUUCUAAAGAACCUAUAAACCCAUUUGAUAACACUCCCGAGAAAGGGAUAACCUUUUCUGUCUCAAGUUCUAAUCUGAAGUCUCUUGAACAAAAUCCAACACAAAGUUCACAGGUUGAAGAGCCCAGACCUAAAACUCCUCCUUUGCCCUCUGACAUCCCAAAAGAAGUCAAGGAGAAUAAAAAGCCAGAAAGCAAGAAGUCCUCCUUGCUUGCUUUGGUUACUGGGAGGAAGGACACGCCUAAAACAGAGCCCAUUGCUGAAGUGCCUUCAAAGAAGGAAGAACCAAAGGCAUUCAACAGUCAGCAGCCUGUAGGCGUUCAAACCAAAAAAAGCUCACUGAACCCAUUUAAUGAAGACCGAGUUGAGGAAAAGAAACCAGAACCUCUUCCAACAGAAAGGAGUACAAAAACAUCCGCAGUAAAACCUAGACUGGACGUGUCUUCAGAGGCUGAAACCAAAGCCAGGCUUCCUUCUUCACCUCUGUCUGACUCUUCUUCUCUUGCUGCUUCUCUAUCUGGUGGGCAGGAUGCUGCUACUCCUAAGACUGAUUUGCACGAGUCCAGUAACACCUCUCCUAGCAUGUAUUCCUCCAAUUCACUUGCUAAGGACUCCUCCCUUCCAGAAAGCCCCACACUAAGUGAGGGAGCUACAGAAUCAACUACUGAUGACGAUAAGCCAUCUCUGCCUUUGUUUUGGCGAUCAGGUACAGCUUCAAACAAGCCCCCUGAACCGAAAGAGGUCAAUGUUGUUGCCCCCUUUACUGAAAAAAACAAAGGAAAAAAGACAUACGUGAAGUCUCUGCUUGACCAACUGAAAGGCAAGUCCACAAACAAAAAUGAUGAGAAUGUAGUGGAUGAAGAUUUAGUGAGAGGGAUAUUGCCAGCGCUUCAUGAUACCUCACCCAUCUCUGAGGAACCUCCAUUUUUUCCAGAGAAUAGCUUUAAUGCAGGGAAUGGUGGCAAGCUGUUCACCCCACACAUUGACCACAAAGAUCAUAUUGUAUCAACUGAAAUAAAGGAAGACCCCCAUGCUCAUAUAAAAGACGUACCAAAGCCAACUCCGCGAGUGCAGUCUGUACCUAAAAAAGAAGAACCUGAAGAUGUGAAGUCAGAACCACCCAAGCCAGCACCCAGAAGUGCAAGAUCAAAUAAAACCCUAGGUUCUGUGUCUGAUGGCACAUCUGUACAGCCUAUUCAACCCAAGGAAAGAUCCCCAACUGACUGUGUAAUUGACAAAGUGUCUGGUGUUGGAGCAUCACCUAUUGAUAGCCAAGUUCAGUCAGGACAAGUUGUGGCCAACAUCAAAAUGGCGAGUCCAUUUAUUGAAGAGUUCAGUUACAGAUUAGAUGAGCUUCCAGUCAUUCCUGAAAAUCCAGAAGGGACCUCUGAUGAUGAGCAACUGGAUGUUAAAAUUGACGAAUCCCAUAGAAGUGGUCCAUAUUCCUCUAAAAAAGCAGACAGUGACUCUGGAACAUAUAAAGAAGAGGUCAGCGUAGCUUUAUCGGAGAUGUCUUCUCUGCCUUCUGCAGACAAGGUCAAGGAAAACGCCUCAGACAAAGCUGACAUUUUUGAUAGUAAAGUUAAAAAUGAGAGGAGUGAUUCAGCCAAGCAACAACCACCAGAAAUUCUGUCCUCUCCAAACACCUAUCCUAGCUCUUCCCCACUCAGCUCUGGUUCUCUUCCAACUGAUAAACCCUCCCCUCCUAGAGCAGAAUCCCCGACUCUCCCAACCAUUGAUGGUUCUGAUAAAGUGGAAAGCUCUGGCAAGAAGAAGCUGCUGCGGGCAUGGGUUUCACCCUCUGAGACACAUCCAAUCCCUACAGUACAGAGUGGUGGAACUGUGUCUUCCAGACAGAGGACUAACCCAGUGAAGCCACUGAAUACAACCCAGAAUAAAACAAUGUCCAACUUCCCACAGCCAAUCAAAGGCAAUGAGAAUGUGCAGAACUCGAUCAAUACUAAGAAAUAUGACCAGUCAGAUCCCGCCUCCGCGUAUACCCAGCUGACACACGAUGAGCUUAUCCAAAUAGUAUUGAAGCAAAAAGAGACCAUUACCAAGAAGGAAGCACAUGUAAAGGAGCUAGAGGAGUACAUCGACAAUCUACUGGUGCGGGUCAUGGAGGAGACCCCCAACAUUCUGCGGAGUGGACCACAGUUCCUUAAGGCUGGGAAGAUCUAAGCUCUGUAAAAGACUCCUGCAUUGAACUGAAUACAUACCCAGUUGGAGAACUAUCUCAGGCUGCAGAACGUCUUUUUGCAUGCCAGAGCUGGGUGUAGUCUAGGAGUAUGCAUGGUUGAUGUGAUUGUUUGUCCUCCUGUAUGUUAGUAGAGAUGGAAAUGGUAAUUAACAUUCCCGUGGUGUAACAUUUGAUGGUUACAUAAUUUUCUGUAAAAUAUGGACAUUUGGAAAAUGUAGACGAUAGCUGUGGUUCAACACAAGUUAGAGGUGGUCUGCAUUUAGUGCACUUUACCCUCAAACCCAAGUCUGGUGCACACCUAGGACACUUCGUUAAGAAAACACAGCUUCUUUUGGUGAGGAGGUGUGUGCUGUAGGAGGAUAGAUCUAUAGCCGUAACUGUGGUUCCUGCGGGAGGUGGGGUCAUUAUGACAAUUUUAUGACCCCACUAAGCCGUCAGAAUCUUUUAUCAUUGUUCUUUAUUUCUUUCUCCUGGAAACGUGCAAAAUUACUGGAGCUUGGGCAAACUGAGUGCACCAGACAAUAAUAUUUUAAGCGUGUAUGUUAAUGUGUUCAUAUUCUAUAUUUGUAUAUUUAUGUGCCUUGUAAAUAAUAGACUAUCACUGUUUGCUGUAACUAGGUCAUAAACUGUGCCUUCUUUAUUGCAGGAAAUUAUAUAAGAUCUAUAUUUCUACACAAACGGAUCAAUAUUUUAUCUUAAAAUAAUAUUUUUUUUCCAGUGAACAAAAUUGUUUUUAUUGAUAUGAGCACAAAUAAAAUGAGGGCAUGUUGCAGCAAACAUGCCAUGUUGCAAAGACAAUCUGUACUGCAUUAUAUGAUAGAAUCUUAAUUUGUUUAGAUGCUGUGUGGUUUGUUUUGUUUUUUAACGUUCUAUAUAUGUGACUUACUGUAUUCCUACAGCAUUAUCCAACAUGGAAAAAGUCCCUUUCACUGAAGAUAAAAUCACAAUGAUAGUUUAGCAAAGAUACUUAUGUCUUUUUAUUUAUAAUGGAAUUGAUCACUAUUGCAGUUAGUAUCUGCUUGUGGUGCCUGGAAUACCUGCAGGUCUGCCUGGAUAUUUCAUGAAGAAUUUAAAACAAAGCAGCAAGAGUUAUUAAUACUGAGCACAUUCUGUAUUUACCGCAGCCUAUAAAUGUAUAUUCAGCUACUAUUAUUUACCCGGGCAUAGUAACCAAUACCUUCACUGGCUGCUGUACGGUCUGCUGUGUUCUGGCCGUCAUAUAAUCUGUCUCCCCCUCUAUUUUUUUUAUUUUUUUUGCGGGUGAGGCAGUGUAAUUAUAAAAGUGCCUUCUGAGUGUUAGUUAAAAAAACAAAAAACUUUUUAACUAAAGUAGUUUGACCCAACAGCUUACAUCUAUUAUCUGCCUUUAAUGGUUUUCUUUUACCAGUGCCGCUGCCUUACAUCUUUGCAUUGAGAUGAUCCUGUUGCCUGGAAAACCACAGGAAAACUCCCAUCUAGUUGAAAACCACUAUUGUGCCUUUAGGUGAGGGAUAUUAAGGGGUGUAGUACUGGUGACCGGCGGUCUCCUGACCGCCGGUCACCUUACCGACGCCGGGAUCCCGGCAGCAUACCGACGCCGGGAUCCCGGCGGGGAGGGGCGAGUGCAGCAAGCCACUUGCGGGCUCGCUGCGCUCGCCACGCUGCGGGCUCGGUGGCGACCUGCGGUCGCCACGGGUUCUAUUCCCACUCUAUGGGUGUCGUGGACACCCACGAGUGGAAAUAGUCCCUGUUGGUCGGCAUGCCGACCAUCGGGAUAGUGAGCCGUCGGGCUCACGGAGGAGGUCAUGUGACUGUCGGUCAGCUGACCGGCGGUCACAUGAAUACCACCCAUAUUAAGAUGUGUUUUCUUUAAUAUAGGACAAUGUGAUCGAUUGCUGGUCUUGAGUUGCUUCCAUACUACCCAGCACUUGUUGGUUAUUGUGCAGCACUUUAUAAAGUAUAAACUGGAUGUCAUUCAUAUAUAUUUUUUUUUUUUGCUUUUUUUUGUAGUGUCAAAAUAUUUAUAACAAGAAUAAACUUAUUUUAAUCUGGGAAACAAA